AAUGUCACCGUCGCCACCCCGUUCUGGUUGUCGUUUCUUUAUCCAUCGGGUCUCUAUUGUGCGACUAGACAAAAACGUGCUGUUUCCUUCUCUAUUGUUCCUAUUGUUCUAUUUCACAGCCGGCCUGACCCACAUCCUCUCCGUGAACUUCCUCCUCACGCCUAAUUACCUCUCUUUCCAUCUCCUUGCAUCAAACCUUCUCUUUUUCAUUAAAACAUCUGCGAGCCAGAUUCGUAGACUGCGACAGUCAAAACUCAGUACCUGCAGGCAGUACACUAACCGUAUAGACAUCCACCUCUACUUUCUCCUAUUCUCAUUCUUUUAGGUAUCUCGACAGGAGCAACACCAAAAUGUUCAACCUCGGCGAGAACUCCAAGGUCCGGGGCUCCGGCCACCUGAUCCUCAACGCCAUCCGAGCCUUGACCAUUGUCACGCUGGGCACUGUCAUGGUGGCCAGCUGGGCUAUGAUUGUGCUCUCGGGCAUCACAGCACACUUCGAUUUCUUCGACAUGAUAUCUCAUUUCUUCAUCUUCGUCAUCUGCAUCUUUCUUGUCAUCUCAGAGCUGGGUCUCUUCAAGCGCUUCUUUGAGAAGAACUGGCCGGUGCUCAGCCCAUCCCACUCUCUGAUGUGGCUUGGCCUGGCCAUCUUGAUCAUCGGCUGCCAGCUGCUAGCCGAUCUCACCAAGCCCGCCUACACUCUAGGCAACCUCGGCCUGUCCAUGUACCGCCUCGUGCUCGCUUCGGGCAUCCUCUGCCUCAUCUUCGGCAUCUCCAACAUUCUCGUCUCCAUCAUCUUCCGCGAUGGAACACGCGACAUCACUGCCCGCCAGAUCCGGAGCCACGGCAACCUUGCAGGCCUUGAGGCAAACAGCAAGGAGUACUACGACAACAUGUCGCACCAAGACAGCUACUCUCAGCGCAGCAACAGCCACUCGUACCGCCAGGCGGAGGAGCAACCCUCGGCCAUGAGGCGCAUGACCCAGGUGUUCAAUGUCAAGAAUUUCCGCAAAUCCAAGAUUGCCAUCAGCAAGCCCUUUAUCUCGGAGGCCCAGGCGGCCGACAUUGAGCGCAACAACAGUCCACUCGCGAGCCGCACGAGCCCCAUCGUCCCGGCAGUCCAGCGGCCUCCAACCGCAUUGCAUCCGGCUUUCACCGGGGGCAGCCACUACAGCACGGCGCACAUGGACCGAUUCUGAGUCCAGAACAAUUCUAUUUAUUCUUCAUAGACAAGCCCCGGAUCACUUACAUUUACGGUGUUGUAAAAUACCUAGGCAGGCUGGUUACAAAUGGCGGCGGGGGGCAUUCCAGGCGUUUGUUUGGCGGGAAUUUGCAUUUUCAUAAUACCCUGGUAUUACUU